GAUAUUUAAUUAUAAAUAAAUUAUUUAAUGUCGGUUGCUAAUUGCCUCGAGAAGGUGCUGGCAAUGAGCUACCUUGAAAUGCUGCAGUCCCUGUGGUGGGGAUUACUUGAGGUCCAUUUUUUUUAAGGAGACAUUAGAAACCAGUUUGCGCUGCAAAUGCGCCACGCCUUUCCCAAACUCCGAACCAUCUCCGCGCUGCUGCUCGGCCACCCGCUCCGCUUUCGAUCAGCCACCGGUUCAGCUGUCGGUCGGCCAUCCGUGGGUUGGUCGCGGCCUGCGGCCCGGCACUCCCGAGACAUGGAGUCCGUGUUCGUGACGGUGGGAACCACGAGCUUCGACCACCUCAUCGAGGAAGUUUCCUCUGAAAAGGCCAUUCAGAUUCUUCAAGAACUGGGCUACAGGAAGCUGAUUCUUCAGAUUGGCCGUGGAUCUGUUGAGCCAAAGCCUUCUGUUGGAACAAAUUUUACUGUUGAAUUUUAUAGGUUCAAGGACACCAUAGCAGAUGACAUUCGGAAUGCUACACUUGUUAUUAGUCAUGCUGGUGCCGGAAGUUGCCUUGAAAUCCUUGAAGCAGGAAAGCCCCUCAUAGUUGUUAUUAAUGAGAAAUUGAUGAACAAUCACCAGUUGGAACUGGCCAAACAGCUGCACUGUGAUGGACAUCUUCUGUAUUGUUCUUGCAGCACACUUUGUAAAACUUUACAGAAAUUGGACUGCACAUCCCUGAAACCAUUUCCUUCAGGGCACCCAGAAAGAUUUGCAGCAUUUAUGGAUAAUGUUUUAGGAUUCCAAAAGAAUCUUCUUGUUCUAUGGCGGGGUGGAGAAAUGCAGAAGGGGGUUAGAAAGUAUUUUGGACAGAAGUGUCUGAGUGAAGUGACCAUGGACGAGUAUUUGGGCACCCAGGGUCUCUACAGAAAGCUCACCGCUAAGGAUGGCUCCUGCCUCUUCAGGGCGGUCUCCGAGCAGCUAUUUCUGACACAGAUACAUCACUUGGAGAUUAGAAAAACCUGUGUUACCUAUAUGAGAGUGAACCACUGCAAAUUUGAAGCAUUUAUUGAUGGCUCCUUUGACAAGCACUUGGAACGUUUGGCUGAUCCUAAGGAAUGGGCAGGUGUCUUGGAGAUGAAUGCUCUCUCUCUGAUGUACAAAUGUGAUUUCCUCAUUUACCGGUAUCCUGGAAAACCUCCCACACAAAGCACAAAUAAUGGAUUUGAAAAGAAGAUCUUGCUCUGCUGUUCCAACAAUGGCCAUUAUGACAGUGUCUUUACAAAGCAGUUUCAAGGGCUUGCAGCUGUGUGUCAAGCGGUUGUAUAUGAAAUGCUAUACAGAGAUGUCUUUGGAGUGGAUGAAGAAGAACUACGAGCAGCAGUGGAACUGUUCCGCAGUCAUGGCAAGAAAACCAGGAAGGGGAGUACAUCUCAAAGCAAUGAUGAUGCUGACCAUCUUUCUGAAAAGACUGUGCGAAAAAAUGAUAAAGAAAAUUGUGACCGAGAGAGCUCACCAGAAGAGAAAACAGCAAAGCAUGCAGCCGAAGAGAAAAAGACUGUGGAUGGCCCAUCAAAGAUGCCGUUUCCCUUUAAGGUGUUGAAGGCACUGGAUUCAGAAAUUUAUCGCAAUGUGGAAUUUGAUGUUUGGCUCGACAGCAGAAAAGAGCAGCAGAAGGUGGACUAUAUGGUGGUUUCUGGAAGGCAGUACUGCUUGGGGGAUAAAUGUCAGGUGAAACUUGAGCAAGGAGGGAAAUACUACAAUGCUCAUAUACAAGAAGCAGGACAAGAUGGCAACUCGGUGACUGUCUUCAUAGAAGAACUAGCUGAAAAGCACACUGUUCCUUUGACAAACCUGAAGCCUGUGACUCAAGUAACACCAGUUCCUGCCUGGAAUAUUAUUUCAAACAGAAAAGGUGGAACCUACCAGAAGAUACCCAGUGGCUAUAUUUCGGAGUUGGACCUUGAUCCAAAAUCACGCAGGCGGUUCAUUAAGAAGAUGCGUGGGAAACAGGUUUUUAUGGCAUUUGCUUAUGGGCGAGGCCAAUCUGUGCUUCCUCCUCGAAUGCAACAUAACCUUCCUUCUGGAAGACCUUCACCACUUCCUUCACCCCAAAAUGGCAAUUUUUCUCCUUAUGAUCAGUACAGAGUCCCUCCACCACCUCCAAGAAAUGGAAGAAACAGCUAUACUCCAAGGAAUCAGGCUAAUCGAUAUAUGAGUCAACAUGGCUUUGAUCCUGAUUAUAUCUACGGCUUUUCUGGCCAGGGAAAGAGAUGUUAUCAGCAAUAUGAUAAUUUCACCUAUAGAUCACGCUUUUACAACAGAAGUCGCAGACCCAUUCAAUAUGUCAACAAGGAUUGCCAGUUUGGCUAUAUACCAGAGAAUGAGGAGCCGAGAACAAUUGAAGAAACUGUUGCUUUCUAUGAAAUUGAGGAAGGAAAUGAGCCAGCUUUUCCUACUGUACCUAGCCAGUCUGCUUCCUCUCCAGUUAUGCAAGCUCCAGCUGGGUACUGGGUAACAAGAGGAAGCCCAGUGUCCGUUGGCAAGCAGAUCACUUCUUCCUCUGAAGAUGCUGAUGAACCGGGUGAUGGGGGAGAAUAUCAUGAAGAUUUUCUUUAUGCAACGACAGAUUCUGGAUACUCUGAUCCAACAAUAUAUAGUGCAGUGGAGUCUACAGCUAACCUGUCUAUUCAGGAGGGAUGCUCUGCUGCAGAGUCACCCCAGGAGGGCCAAGCUGGCACACAUUUCAGUUACUCACAGCAGAUGAUGGGAAAUUCAACAGUGAUAUCAACAUCUACUUGUGCCAAUGCAGCCUCUGGUGUAGCUUUCUCCUCCAACACAUUAGAAGCAAGUCAAACCACAGUGACCUACACAACAGUGCCGCACCAGACGCUUGCACCGCCUGUUCUUGUGGCUUCUCAUCCUGUUGGUAGGCCAGGUCCUUUCCUGCCUGUUAAUGAAAUGGGUGAAACUGUGAGUUCUUCCACACCACCACCAUAUUCCUGUGAUCCCAAUGGCAAUGAUCUUCCUCAAGACAGAAAAGUGGUUCAGUAUUACUUCAACCUUGGCUUGCAGUGUUACCACCAAAACUCCUGGCAGCCAAUGGUGUAUAUGCCACAACAUCAACCGGUGGAUAUUUAUCCAGUAUUCCCUGCAACCACCCAGUUUGUUGAACAGUCAACCAUGCCACAACUGUACAGUGAUGUUGGGAGAAAUGAUGACCAUUCAGCUUCCUCUGACACCAUGUCCAAUGGUUAUACCACUGCAGAGUCUCAACCAGCUCCUCAUUCAACAGUAUAUUAUCCAGUGCUGACAGACCAGUACAUUCCGCCACCUAUAUCUACUUAUGAUCCUUGCAUCCCUGUAACAAAUACACUUCACUAUGUUGGCCCUUGGUAUCCAGCAAAUCAAAUGUGUCCCAAUUCGAGGCUGCAGAGCACAACAUGCCCAGGACCCCCACCUCUGCUAAAUUAUGUUGCACCUGCCAAUCAGCCAACACAUUAUGUAUCUCACUAAAUGUAUGGAAAGUGGCUUGAGGUUCAACAGUCCCAUCUAAAUAUAUUGUUGACUUCAUUCCUUCUCCCGUGGUGUAUCAGCUCCUUUAAUUGCCAGAACUCUUGUUUCAAUUUUUUUGACUGACCCCAUUCAGGAUAAAAUCUGUCUGCACUUGUCUAAAGUGUUUGCAUCACUAAUCUAUUCUUUAAAUGGGUAUCUUUCACUUCAAUUCUGUUUUUCCUCUUUUGGCUAAAAGUCCCAAUUAGAUUUGCAGACAAAAAAAAAUGCACAUGUAGCAAGUAAGUAGAUGUAAAACUUUCUACAAGUUUCCCCUUCUCUCUUUCCACUCCUACUCUUUAAGGGAGAAUUGUUCACGUGGUUUUGUCACUGCACUGCACAAUGUCAACAGAGAAGUUCAACUUUGAAUGAGAAGGCUGAUUCUGGAUCCUGUUGGGAAAAACUCUUGCACAAUGUAAUACUUUUUAAAGGAAUAUUGUUCCCACUUGACACAAUAUAAUUUUCAUCUUGUAUUCCUGUUUAAAUUAACACAUGUCUGUAUCACCUUCUACCUCAUGUUUGAAGUUUGCAUUGUCCUCGAUUUGUAAAAGCCUGUGUAUCUUUUUAUCGGGUGUCCAGUUCAGUUCAAAAUGUUGACUUUCUCUUAGUUUGUUGGGCCACAGAAGAAUGUUUGGCACUUUUUUGUUCAAGACUGUUGAUGUCAGCUGCUGUUUUCUGGAGUACAGUUGUAA